CAAUUGAAUUUUUUUAAUCAAAAAAAGAAAAAAAAUUCUAUAUCGAGAGGGUUCUAUCAAGUAUCAACCGUGAGCACCAUAAAAUGGCGGCACUAAGCUUGCGCCACCUCACCCCCAAUUUAUCAUCCUCCCCCAAACCACUGUUCCACCCCUCACACUUGAGCAAACUCUCUAUUCCGCGCAGAAAUAUUCGCUCAUCCACUUCGAUCAUGGCUUCCGCUGCUAAAAAGGUUUUGGUUCCGGUGGCGAACGGCACGGAGCCGCUGGAGGCGGUAGUUACGAUAGAUGUGCUCCGCAGAGCCGGCGCCGAUGUGAUGGUUGCGUCCGUGGAGAAGCAGCUAUGCAUUGACGCUGCUCACGGGGUCAAAAUUCUCGCCGAUUCCCUUAUUUCCGACUGCGAACGUUCUGAUUUUGAUCUUAUCUCUCUUCCGGGAGGAAUGCCUGGUUCAACCACACUCAGGGACUGCAAAACAUUGGAGAGCAUUGUGAGAAAGCAGGUUGCAGAAGGCCGGCCGUAUGCUGCAAUAUGUGCGGCUCCUGCUGUUGCACUCGGGUCAUGGGGCCUGCUGAAGGGUUUGAAGGCAACUUGCUACCCAUCUUUUAUGGAGCAAUUGUCGUCCUCUGCAUCUGCUGUUGAAUCUAGGGUGCAGAAGGAUGGCAAAGUAGUGACGAGUCGUGGACCUGGUACAACAAUGGAGUAUGCUGUUUCCCUUGUUGAGAUGUUGUAUGGAAAAGAAAAGGCUGAUGAUGUUUCUGGUCCCAUGGUCUUGCGAUCAAAUCAUGGGGAUGAGUAUUCUUUCGCCGAGCUAAAUCCUAUCCAAUGGACGUGUGGUGAUUCUCCUAAGAUUCUUGUGCCUAUUGCUAAUGGGAGCGAGGAGAUGGAAGCUGUUAUCAUCAUUGAUGUACUCCGACGAGCAAAAGCUGAAGUGGUAGUGGCAUCUGUCGGUGAGAAACUCGAAAUUGUGGCUUCUAGGAACGUCAAACUAGUUGCUGAUGUUCUCCUAGAUGAAGUCAUUGGCAAUUCGUUUGACCUUAUUGUCUUACCGGGUGGACUUGGUGGAGCUCAAGCCUUCACAGAGUCGGAUAAGCUCGUAAAUUUGCUGAAGAAACAAAGAGAAUCAAAUAAACUAUACGGAGCAAUAUGUGCAUCGCCAGCUUUGGUCCUCGAGCCCCAUGGUUUAAUCAAGGGUAAAAAGGCUACUGCUUUUCCCGCCAUGUGCAACAAAUUGUCAGACCCGAGUGAAGCAGAAAACCGAGUGGUGGUGGAUGGCAAUCUUGUCACAAGUCGAGGACCCGGAACCACCAUGGAGUUUGCAUUGGUGAUAGUUGAGAAGUUUUUUGGACGGGAUAAAGCCCUUGAGCUUGCAAAGGCCAUGGUUUUCGUGCAUUAGUAGAUAUCUCGUCGAAAUGAUGUGCUGUGGUAAGUUUUACUUUAAUCUUACUACUCAAAUCCUACGAGGAGACGAUGUUGUAAUGGCUGCUGCUAUCUUGUAAUCUCCUCUGCAAGUCUCUUGUCUUGCUCAAGUGAUUAUCAAUAAAAUCUUCAACGAGGUUU